AUUUGUUUUAUAACGCUCAGGAAACUUAUGGUCAUAGAUGCCAUCAGCGUAAACAAUGCAGGAAUAUAUCAAUGCUCAAAAAUUAUCAUUAACCACGGUUAUUUUGAAAUGUUUAGCUUUUCAAUGUAGUACAAACUUAAAAUGUUCAAUAUGGUAGCGAGGUUGUUGUUGUGCUGCCCGGGUGUUGUCAUGUCCCCCAAGUGCCUGUAGUGGUGCUGUAAGGAGAGUUUGCUGAUGAUUAAACUAAAAACCCAGCAGCUCUUUAGUGCUAUUUUUUGCUGGAGAUAAACGAGAUUUAUAUGUAUCAGGGAUUCAUACAAAAAAUAUAUACAAAUAUAAAAACGCAUAGCUCCAUUAAAGAUACAGAAAAUAGUGCUUAAAGAACCCAACAGAUUGAAAUAGGGAUUUCAAGACUCUAUCAGGAGUGAAUAUCAGAUACAGCAAAUAGCUGAAGCUGAUGUUCACAAGGACAAGAGUCACGUGAUGUAUGAAGGCAAACACAUACACUUCUCGGAGGUGGACAAUAAGCCAUUGUGCUCGUACAGCCCGAAGCUCUGCAAGCAGCGCCGGCUCAACGGUUAUGCCUUCUGUAUCCGCCACGUCCUUGAGGACAAGACCGCCCCCUUCAAGCAAUGUGAAUAUGUGGCCAAGUACAACAGCCAGCGCUGCACCAACCCCAUCCCCAAGUCAGAAGAUCGCAGGUACUGUAAUAGCCACCUGCAGGUGCUCGGGUUCAUCCCGAAGAAGGAGCGCAAAAAGAAGAAUGACCCUAUGGAGGAGAUCCGGUCGCGGCCUCAUCUGGAGUCGGUGGCGCUCAACAUCACAGUGCCCUCGCUGGCCCUGAAGACACCCAAUGGGCUGGACGGGCCGGCGCUGUCUUCUCCCAGGUCACGGCUGCCAGUGCCCUUCCCUGAGGCGGAGCUCCUCGACCCCUUCGCCUUCCACGAGGACGACACCGACGGCGACGAGGCUGCCCCCAGGAAAGGUUCGGCCGUCAGGAAGAAAUUGCAGAGCAAGCUGGCGCUGAACCAGCGGCUGCGGCUCCGAGAGACCACCGCAGAGAUCUUGAAAAUCCAACCAGAGCACUUUAGCCCUUCUCCUGCACCUUGUCCUACUCAGCUUCAGCAACAGCACCACCACCACCAUCAGCAACAGCACCACCACCACCACCACCACCACUCUCCUCCGCAUCCCCACCACCAUCAUCAACAGCAGUCUCCCCAGCCCCAGCACUCCUUCCACCUUUCACCUUUACCAACCUCCCCUUCCUGCCUCCCAGGACUGCAACUGGGCUUAAUAUGCAAGCCGCCUCCACCUCAGACCAGCAGUCUGUCGGCACAGGCAUUGACCCCAGGCAUCGCACCGACGAUAGAACAACAAGCUGGUCACUCCCCUAGCAAGAAACCUCUCGCUGACGUGUUCCUCCCGCCCACAUUACUGCCUCCAGCGCCGACUGCUGUUAUGGACUCGCCCAAACCCCAGGUUGUCAUUCUCAAACCCACCAACUUUACUCCUCCCCCUGCCUGCCUCAGCAGGCUUCAGAGACUGGUAAAACUGUGCACCCAACGCCAGCAGCAGGACGGAGAUCUCUUUCCACAUUUAGGACUGGAUUGGUCAGAAGACAGUGCAGAAGAUGACGAUGAAGUGGAGCAUUUACCACCAUAUCAGUAUGCCUGGAGAUUACGGGAAAGAUAUUCACAGGACAACUCAGAAGAUGAAGUUGGGGCUUCAAGAAGUAACAGGCUGGCUCGACUUUGCACUUAUCUGCAGCAGAAGUACAAGCACCUCUGCCGCCUGGAGAGGGCAGCAACGCGCCAGAAGAGAUGCCAAUAUGCCUUUCGAAAGGCCCUGCUCCAUGCGGCCAGUAAAGACCCAGACUGUGCAGGACAACUGAUUCAGGAACUCAGAAUGGCCACUCGGACACAGACCAGUGUGAGACAACCAGAGAGAAGGGACACAAGCCCAGGGCUCUGUACAGGGAACAUCAAGGGCCAAGCAUGCACCAAUCAGGCACUCCCCUUCACCAGGCACUGUUUUCAGCACAUUUUGCUGAAUCGAUCACAGCAGCUCUUCUCCAGCUGCACAGCCAAGUUUGCGGAUGGUCAGCAGUGUUCCAUUCCCGUUUUUGACAUCACGCAUCAGACGCCGCUAUGUGAGGAACAUGCAAAGAAGAUGGAUAAUUUCCUGCGGGGUGACAGUAAUCGCAAAGUUCAACACCAGCAACAGCGCAAACCCAGGAAGAAAACGAAACCGCCGGCCCUCACCAAAAAACACAAGAAGAAGCGGAGGAGAGGACCGCGCCGGCCUCAGAAACCCAUUCCACCUGCUGUCCCCCAGGGGAACCUCGGCAUGCCCUCCAGCCUCGCGCUGCCGGCACAGGCAGCCAGCAUCAGGAGUCCCUCGACCCCAGAGUUGAGUACAGACGAGCUUCCUGAUGACAUCACCAAUGACAUCUCAGACAUUCCAAACGACCUUGAGCUGAAUCAGGAGGAUUUUUCAGAUGUCUUGCCAAGGCUGCCCGACGACCUACAAGACUUUGAUCUGUUUGAAGGUAAGAAUGGUGAGCUCCUUCCUACCACGGAGGAGGCAGAGGAGCUUGAGCGUGCGCUGCAGGCCAUGACAUCCUACACAGCCUCCCUGGAAUGCCUGAGCUCGAUGGGUGAACUCACCCAAUCCGACACUGUGGGCGUCCAGGAGCUCUCAGUCCACCGGGGAAUGGGGGUCUUCUCCACACCAGCCGUCUCUGGCAGCGGCAUGACCUCCCUUGGCCGAGCGGUGGUCAACAGUGAGCUAGGAGACCUCCUAAACGGCCGCAUCCCCUCUGAGAACUUCUCCAGCCUGGAGCUGGAUGAGAACUUGCUCCACUCGGCCAAUGGCCAGUUCCCUGCACCCCCUCCUCCAACUCCCUCUUCCUCCACCGUCAGCCUUACCACCACCACCACCUCUAACCCGCUCCUCAACCAGAGCCCAUUGGCUGAGCGGACGUUUCCCCCUCCACCCUUCCCUGGGCUUCACAUGGGCAGCCACGCCUCGCCACGGACCCACCCCUCCCAACUGCUUGGCAAGGCAGAGGAGCUCCUUUCCCCCCGACAGCAAUACAGUAGUGAGCACUCACACUCCUCGCCCCAUGGUAGCCAUUACAGUAGUGAACAUGUGUCAUCCCCCUACAGUGAUCACAUAACCUCCCCCCACCCCAACUCCUUCCCUAUUGGUGACAGCAGCAACAUGGCAGCUACCUUCCAAGCAGAGGCACCACUCAUGGCGCCCCCUAUUCUUUCAGGACAGCUGGAGGUGCCCCAUAGUGGGGUCCCAAUCAACCCCCGCCCCCAGUGGAACAAUAUCUCCAUGAACCUGACUGACUCUAUCCAGUUUGGCAACCUCAUUGGAUCGGAUGGCCACCUGAUCUCCACCUCGCUCUCCACUCCCCCCUCCACCUCGCACUCAGUGACCAUUCAGCCCCCAGCAGCCCUACCAGCGCUGCCCCAGACAAACUUUAGCGGCCUUCCCGCAGCAAUGGGCUCUUCAGCCGCCCCCUCCUCCUCCUCCCACGACAUCUUGACUUCCAACCCCCCUAAGCAGCAGCUUCCUCAGUUCAGCGCUGCCUUCGGCCACCAGCUGUCCUCGCACAGCGGCAUCCCCAAGGACGUUCAGCCCAGCCACAGCUCCACAGCGCCCCCCACUGGCUUCACAGUUGCAGGUGCGACCGCCGCAAGUGUCAGCAAUGUGACGUCGCCUUUUACCACGCAGAAGUGAGUUUAACACUGGAUGUGUACACACCGGAAGAACGGGGUCAGGGUUUCAAACAAAUUUAAAACAAAAACAGGUGGACUGUUUCCUUUUUACUAUAAGAGCAGCAUUAAACUACCAUUAAUAUAGGCUUGGGAUUUACCACCAAGUGUUAAGAGUUUUAACCUUAAAGUCUACUGCAUGAUAUUUCCAUGGUAGUCUCUCAUGAACUCACUAGGAGAGAACAGUGUUUGUCAAAUCUUAUGUUAUCCCCAAAAGACUCAGUGGUCUCCAAGCUAUGUACUAAUUGCCAGGAUUUCCCAAUGAAUGCUAAAAGUUGAAAUAUUACAGUGCUGGAUUUUAUUUACUUGCUCCUUUUAAAGCACCAAACUAGUUUAAUUGUAUCUAACUUCUCCUUUGUGUUUUUUGCUGCAUUUUUGCUUUAAAUAAGUGUGAUCGUUAUGGUAUUCUAUAUUUUAGGCUUCAGACAGCCUUGACACUAUAAUAGCUGAUUUAAGGUGCCUAUGGCCAGUUGCAUAAAAACACAUUAAGUUAAAUUUGCCCUUAUUUUCCCCCUUGUGUUCCUUGAGAUAAGACAAUACCCUAGUUGAAGGAAACUCCUUAAGUUUUAUACUUAAAUGUAACACUUGAGGUGUUUUAUCCAACCAGCCCCUGGUUCCUAAUUGGCUUGUAUAUAAAAAAUUAGAUAUAUGCAUACAAAAACUGCAGCAAUAUGUAACGCUAAUGAAGCAGAAUGCAUUGUAAAAAUGUGUUUCAUAGUGCAGUAUACAUGACCUGAAGAAUCUCCCAUUAUUCUUACAUUUUAUAUGAACUGAUUUGGCUCACUAUGUCAAAAGCACUUACUAACUGUUUAGUAUCAACUGAAGAAAUGAAUGGAAGAUUCUUCUAUUCAUGUAACUAGCCAGAAACUGGAUCAGAUCAAAGUUUAUGCCUCUGUCAUAGCUCAGUCAUGGUUAUGGCAGGGCCAUCGUUUUGAUUUAAUCUAGUGAGAAGGAGCACUUUUUUAAAAGGAUCAUAAUUUCUUUACUACAUACAAAAUGCACACCCAAAUUCAAAAGCCAUUCAGGUUUAAUAACUCACAGAUGGCCACAAUAAUGGGGCUGUUUCUUCAGCUGCCAGCAAUUAAGUAGUUUCCAUCUGUCAGUAUAUCCAGUUGUGGACUAAUAUGGUUAAUUGACCUUUAACUAAAUUCAUGAGUGAUUUAUUUUUUUUAUUUUUGUAUUAUUUAUUUUGAUUUUUUUUCAGACAAUAAUCUUAAGUAGACCACAAAUAUAGCUUGGUCCCAGACAGAAGAAAAAUGCUUGGAAAUCAUUAUUUGAAGCUCAGUUGGGUAGAAUACUGUUACCUUGGUGAUUCUAACCAGUGGCGUCCUCCUGUUCUGUUUUAUAUUUGUUUGUUUGUUUUUUUGUUUGAAAUCCAAUCCCCACCACUAGAACCCUGGUUCUGAUGAAGCAAAACUAAGGGGGUCGUCACAGUGCAAAGCUGUGAAGCACAAACAACUGGGAGUCACUUGGUCAGCAAAAUCUGAUACACAUACGCUGAAGAAAAUGCUAGCUGUAUUUUUCAAGAAACAGUCCUCGCCCUAACAUUUAUUUAACUGUGAGCACCAUAAAACUGAAAGGCAAGUGGAAGAAUUUAAAGAAACCAUCAAGGACAUUUCAGUUUUUAACAUAUAGGUGUCUUAAAAAUGUUGGCUUGCUGUGCUCAUUGAUAUGAGUAUGAAUCUCUGAAAAAACUUCUACAGUACUUUCUAAAUGACGCUACUUUACCAAAGUGCAAGAUUAACUCGCUACGUAACCCAUGCUAGAAACAUUAUCCCUUGAAACUGACAUAAUGUAUAAUAGAAUUAGAGCUUCAUAUUUUGGGGGCCCAUUUGAACCUGCUUUCAUUUUUAAUGUUGAAUAGGAAACAAUUAAAGCAUCAAAAUACAGUAUUUUAUUCUUGUUUUUUUUAUUCUAAGAGUAGAUAGUUAAACCACUUUUAAACUACACAUGUUUUUCUGUUGUAAAUCUCAGACAUUUUAAUGACUAAUUUGAAAAUGAAAAAAAAAAAAUUGACGUAAGUGCAGUAACGCUAUGAGCAUUUUUUGAUAUAAUGGGCCUAAUAUCGAAUGUGUUAGACUAGGGUUAAUAUCUUUUCAAUGCAGUUAAUGGGACUAGUAAUCUGCAGUAUUUUAAGAAUCAUACAUGUUGGGAUUGCUUGCCUUUUGUAUUUAUGUUUGUGUAUACAUUGACAAAAUGCAGGGGGAAUUCAAAGUUAUUGUUUAAGAGCACUUUGAAACCUGUAACUUAUUUUGUCCACUGUUUCAUGAAAAAUACAGAAAUGUGGAAAGGAAACAUUUUUGGCUGGAGUCUUGACAUGUGAGAGCUUUUUCGAGGUAGGGGUUUAUGGUAUGAAGUGAUGAAGUCAUUUUAUUAACACAGUGCCACCUGCUGAAAAGAUAAAACCAUUUCAGUUUUAAAAGUGUCAGACAGGAAAGCCAGAAAUGUUUCUUUUGUCAAAGCGUCCUGGUAAAAACAACCAAAUAUAGGGUUUAAAAAUGUGUACAAUCCUCUGAUGGUGCUUUUUUGGUUAUCUAUGGCCUUGAAGGGAACAUAAAGUACAAGUUUGAAUAUGUCCCAUUUAAGUGAGAUAAAGUUAACAUAUUACAACAUUAAGGCUGCUUUUCAUGUGUCUUAUUGGGUUAUUGGGCUGGGCUGGGAUGGGGUGAAUGAUUUAAGUCGGUGUACCUGAUUUGACUUUUAUGUGUGUACAGUGCAGUUAAGGCUGGGGGAGAGGGAUGAUGGGUGUUUGGACAUCUUAACAAAUAAACGUAUCUAGAAUUUAAGUGGAUAAGAGUAAGACUUUUUUUGUGAUUCAUAGCUAGCAGCAUCGCUAUACACUGUUAUAGUCCUUUAUGUAAUCUAACUAGAACAUAAUUCAUGGCGGUGUAGGGGGGUAGAUUAUCCCAGUGUUGUUUGGUGGCCUGCAAAGUCCGAAGUCAUUUGCUUGCUUGCUGGAUACGAGAGGCUGUUUGUUAGUUUCACCCCUUAGUUAGCCAGAAUAAAUGUAGUCAUUGUAGUAGUAAUAGUUAUGAUACCUUAUAUAAAGUGCCUCUCUUGUAUUGUUUUUUUUCUGACUUCAAUUCCAUUAGUCAUCCAACAGAUGGUGCUGAUGAGGAACAGCUUUAAACACUGCACAUUUUUUUUUUUUAUAUAUAUAUAUUUCCAUUUAUUUUUAUAAAGGCUCAGCCAUUGCAUGAUUUAUUUUAGUUCGAUUAUUAUUUUUUUUUUGUCUACAUGCAGUGCUGAAAUGUACUGAAACGCCUGUUUUUCCAUAGGCUAAACUAAAUAGCAGUAAAGCCUACAAAAUUUCAAAAUAGCAGUGCCUCCAUUAUGUUAAAUAAAAUCAGUGCUGCUGCUUUUUGGCAGAGUGCUUAUGGAAACUGUUAAUAAACCCUGAUUCCCAUUUAAAUAUUUCAUUAAUUUAUGUAUUGGGACUGUAAUACGACUAACAUGGGCUAUAAAAUGUCGGUACUUUUAUAUAAGUGCUGCAAAAGCCUCUCGAAAUGGGGAAGAUAUUGGGGCCCACAAUAAUUAAAAUAUGUAUGUUGGCUUAAACUUUAUGUUCCCUGUAGAGGCCAGAGUUUAACACAGUAGAAAAAAACCUACCUGACGGAACUAUUCCAUUUCUGUUUGGGUAAUUAUUCGUAACUAUUAUAGCAGUACAAAUAUGGAUUUUUUGGUAGUAUUUUUUAGAAACUGAAAGAUUAUCAAUUCUGUAGUUCUAAGUAUUUAAUAUAUAUUGAUAGAGUAGCAGUCUCUAAAUAUUGGGUUUUAAUGGUGAGUUGAAAUGAGUGGUAAUGGUUUAAAAAAAUAAAAAUAAAAAAAAAAUUAUAAAAAAUAAUUCAGACCUGUUUGUGUACUCCCAUUUUCAGUUAAUUUAAUGGAGUCAAUGUUUUAAUAUUUUAAUAGCUAUCAAAACAAAGAUGUCUUUUACCAACUUUAAAUAGAUGGUAGACUGUGUGCUUUCACUGUUUCACGUUUUUUUAUUUUUUAUUUUAAUUAUUGUAUUCAAUUUGGCAGAGAUUUAUGGACGAGUGUUGUAUGUGUCUUUGAUAGCUAUUAAAAUCUACUAAAUUAAAGGUUUUAUAUGGGUUGGAAAACAAACAACAAAACACACAGAACAUUGGCAAGCAGAGAAAUCACCCAGUCUUGGUCUGUGCUGCCAUGCCUUUCCCCUCCCUGCUCUGAUUUAAAAGUGACAGUAGGAACAGCAGCUAAAGUUCCAUGCUGCAGAGCAAAACUUGUAACAUGAACACACCCAUCCCCAGGUAGUAAGAGGAAUAGGGGCAUUAUCUCUGUCUGUUUACUUUGCUUUAAUAUACCACAUGCACCUUCAUUUCUUAUUUUCAUUAUUAAUUGCAUUGCUUGCAAAACUCACCUGGCUAGUCCAAUAUAUGGGCACAUCAUUACAUUUGCACUAACUUAAUUUACAUUUCUUGAGUAUAUACAUUUUUGGAUACUUAUGUUUGAACAGACUACUUUUAUGCAAUAUAGUACUGCAAACCCUAUAAUCUGAAGGUCUUGUGCCUUUUGAAAUUUCUAUGGAAUUCAUAUUGCACCAUAAUAACUGAAAUUAAUCAUUUGUUGCCCUUUUAAAGCCUCAGUCCAUUGUAGCAAUAGGGUCUUCAGUGGACAAACAACCCACCUAUGGGUUUUAAUUGGAUCCUGGCAAGGCUUUUAGGUUACCUGCGCAGUUGUAGUGUUAAACAUACUGCAUCUGUUAAUGAUCUUCAUAAUUUGUGACCUGUUAAGCCCCGAAAAAGAGUUCAGAAUAGUUUUUCUUCAAAAUUUCAUCAGAAAUCUACUUGUAGUAAUACAUUUCAGUGCAUUAUAAUAGUCAUCAUCAUCACUGAAAUUAAUUGUUUUGCAAUGGCACUGGUAUCUUGUUUCUAUACCUUUUGUGUAAUUCAAGUCUGUCUAACCUCAGCUUUUCAAAUCAUGAAAUACCUCUCUAGAUUGCGUAAGAGCUCUUCUCGAUGCCCCUGUCUUUCACACAGGGCUCCUCCGCUGCUGCUGCUGCUGCUGCUGCUGUUUUAAAAUCCUGUUCCUCCACCCUCUCUCUCACAUCUGCAUGGAAGCACAGAUUCACUAAUAUUCAUUUUAUAUUCCUCAGUCCCUCAAAUAUAUUUGAAACGUAGCAGGGAAAGAAGCUUCGUAGACUAGUGACUGCUUAAAAUAUGAGAAAGGUGGCUUACAAAUUCCUAUACUCAUUGAAUGUACUGUAUUACUGUUUUUAAAAUAAUUAUAGGAUGAGCUAAUAAUGAUCUAGUCACCUUUUGUUAUUGGUCCUUGUUUAAUUUGUUUAAGGUAUUUUUUGUAUACAAAAGUUUACAUUUUUAUGUAUAUUUUUCUUGUGUACAAAUGAUGUAAUUGUGUAUAAACACUGUAUGUAAUAUCUGUAUAUAGUGUGACAAAAAUGAUCUUUGUUUUUGGAUGUACAAAUAAAACUUGCUGUGAGUAUUACUUGGUGGUUUUCUCGUGGAGUGUGAGACCCCAGUGGUGUGUUUGUUUAAUGUGAGUGUUUGGUAGGAUGAGCUGCCCCUUUGUUACCGGCUUCCUCCAUCCAUAAACAGUACAGUGGAUUCACACUAUUAUAACUAUAAAAUCAAGAGGUUUGUUUUGCUGUUCCCAUGAAUUGCAGGCAGAAUUAGGGAUUGGUUUAUGUUUCAGCUACCAAGAUCUAAUACUGUACAUGAUAUUCGUGAUCAAGGUGUAAAAGGUGGAUUCCAGUUCGGCACAAAGACAUUGUAAAUGGAUCCACAUGGAGUUAAAAUGUAAGAAUUUUUUUUUGUUUGUUUGUUUUCAAUUUGCAAAAAUAUAUAUUUUUUAUCUUCUCAAUAAAAGUAUGAAAUAAAAUACAUUUUGGCAUGCCACUUUCCC